GCUCGCCGACAGCCUUCUCCCAGCCCCCUCCGGCCCGCUCCUGGCAGCCCCAGAUCCCCUCUAGUGUUGGGACCGUUCUCAGUGGCAUUGUUCCCUGCUAGAGUUAACAUGGGAGAUGAGGAGGGCACCUUCAUCUUGAACUUGACCCCAGAAGCGGCGUUGUCCGUACAGGUUACAAGGAGCUGACUACUGGGCAGGAACAUCUCUUGGGAGGAAGAGCGGAAGAGAUAAUUGUGAGCUAAGGCCCAUUGUCCCAUUUUCCUGGUGCUUGUGAAAUUAUCAAAAAUAGAAACAAGAGUGUUGAAAAUGUUAAAGGCUGUGCUGAAGAAAAGCCGAGAGGGAGGAAAGGGAGGCAAGAAGGAAGCAGGAGGUGACUUUGGUACCGAGACUUCUCCAGUCCUGCCCCUUGGCCACGGUGGUGACUCUCCUGUGAGCAGUCUUCCCGCAGCAGAGGACACCUAUAGGGUGAGCCUGGCGAAAGGUGUCUCGAUGUCUCUGCCUUCAUCACCUUUGCUGCCUCGACAGUCUCACUUGGUGCAAUCAAGAGCAAACAAAAAAUCCCCAGGUCCCGUCAGGAAGCCCAAGUAUGUGGAAAGUCCCAGAGUGCCCGGAGAUGCAGUUAUAAUGCCGUUCAGAGAAGUAUCCAAGCCAACAGAGCCUGAUGAGCAUGAAGCAAAGGCCGAUAAUGAACCGAGCUGUUCACCGGCAGCUCAAGAACUGUUGACAAGGCUGGGAUUUUUACUGGGAGAAGGGAUCCCAAGUGCCACACACAUAACCAUUGAAGACAAAAAUGAAACCAUGUGCACAGCUCUGAGCCAAGGCAUCAGUCCUUGCUCCACACUAACAAGCAGCACCGCAUCUCCUAGCACCGAUAGCCCCUGCUCAACCUUGAAUAGCUGUGUCAGCAAGACGGCAGCCAACAAAAGUCCCUGUGAGACCAUUAGCAGCCCUAGUUCCACCCUGGAAAGCAAGGACAGUGGAAUUAUAGCCACGAUUACAAGUUCAUCCGAAAAUGAUGACCGGAGUGGCUCCAGUUUGGAAUGGAAUAAAGACGGAAGCCUAAGAUUAGGGGUUCAGAAAGGUGUGCUUCAUGACCGCAGGGCAGAUAACUGCUCCCCAGUGGCAGAAGAGGAGACCACCGGCUCAGCAGAGAGCACGCUGCCCAAAGCAGAAUCCUCAGCUGGAGAUGGUCCGGUCCCUUACUCUCAGGGCUCCAGCUCACUAAUAAUGCCACGGCCCAACUCAGUUGCAGCCACAAGCUCAACCAAAUUGGAAGAUCUGAGUUAUUUAGACGGGCAGAGAAAUGCUCCUCUGCGGACAUCAAUUAGAUUACCAUGGCACAAUACAGCUGGAGGUAGGGCACAGGAAGUUAAAGCACGAUUUGCUCCCUACAAGCCACAAGACAUUUUGUUGAAACCAUUGUUGUUUGAAGUACCAAGCAUAACAACAGACUCUGUGUUUGUGGGAAGGGAUUGGCUCUUUCACCAAAUAGAAGAAAACUUGAGGAACACAGAACUGGCAGAAAACAGAGGCGCGGUGGUGGUUGGCAAUGUGGGAUUUGGGAAGACAGCGAUCAUUUCCAAGUUGGUGGCGUUGAGUUGCCACGGAAGCCGCAUGAGGCAGAUUGCUUCCAACAGCCCUGGUUCAUCACCUAAAACCUCUGACCCCACUCAGGAUCUUCCUUUCACCCCGUUGCUUUCACCGAGUUCUUCCACAAGUGCUUCCAGCUCAGCUAAAAUACCUCUCAGGUCUGGCAGUGCUGAAAACCAGAGACCAAGAGAGGAUGCAGUGAAAUAUCUUGCUUCUAAGGUGGUGGCCUACCAUUACUGCCAGGCUGACAACACGUACACUUGCCUAGUGCCGGAGUUUGUGCACAGCAUUGCAGCUUUGCUCUGCCGGUCCCAUCAGCUAGCCGCCUACAGAGACCUUCUGAUAAAGGAGCCCCAGCUACAGAGCAUGCUGAGCCUCCGAUCCUGUGUGCAGGACCCGGUGGCAGCUUUCAAGAGGGGAGUGCUGGAGCCGCUGACAAACCUGAGAAAUGAGCAGAAAAUUCCUGAAGAAGAAUACAUUAUUUUGAUAGAUGGCUUAAAUGAAGCUGAGUUUCAUAAACCUGAUUAUGGAGAUACACUUUCUUCAUUUAUUACCAAAAUUAUUUCUAAAUUUCCUGCCUGGUUAAAGUUGAUUGUGACUGUAAGAGCAAAUUUUCAGGAAAUCAUAAGUGCGCUGCCAUUUGUCAAGCUUUCCUUAGAUGACUUCCCAGACAACAAAGACAUUCACAGCGACCUGCACGCCUACGUCCAGCACAGGAUGCACAGCAGUCAGGACAUCCUCAGCAACAUCUCCCUGAACGGCAAGGCCGAUGCCACACUCAUUGGAAAAGUGAGCAGCCACCUGGUGCUGCGGAGCCUCGGCUCCUACCUGUACCUCAAGCUCACCCUGGACCUCUUCCAGAGGGGCCACUUGGUCAUUAAGAGCGCCAGCUACAAGGUGGUGCCCGUGUCUCUCUCUGAGCUCUAUUUGCUACAGUGCAACAUGAAGUUCAUCACCCAGUCUGCCUUUGAGAGGGCACUUCCGAUUCUCAACGUGGCCCUCGCAUCCCUCCACCCCAUGACAGACGAGCAGAUCUUUCAGGCUAUUAAUGCCGGCCACAUCCAGGGGGAGCAGGGAUGGGAAGACUUUCAGCAGAGGAUGGAGGCCCUCUCCUGCUUCCUCAUUAAGAGGCGAGACAAAACUCGCAUGUUCUGCCACCCGUCCUUCAGGGAGUGGCUUGUUUGGCGAGCAGACGGGGAAAACACAGCCUUCCUAUGUGAGCCCAGGAACGGGCACGCUCUCCUGGCAUUCAUGUUCUCGCGUCAGGAGGGCAAGUUGAACCGCCAGCAGACCAUGGAGCUCGGCCACCACAUCCUGAAGGCACAUAUUUUCAAGGGCCUCAGUAAGAAGACGGGAAUUUCUUCAAGCCAUCUCCAAGCACUGUGGAUCGGCUACAGCACCGAGGGGCUGUCCGCUGCCCUGGCCUCUCUCAGGAAUCUCUAUACUCCCAAUGUGAAGGUGAGCCGUCUCCUGAUUUUGGGAGGGGCCAACGUGAACUACAGGACAGAAGUGUUAAAUAAUGCCCCAAUCCUGUGCGUCCAGUCUCACCUUGGCCACGAGGAAGUUGUCACUCUGCUCCUGGAAUUCGGUGCCUGCCUGAACGGAACGUCGGAGAACGGCAUGACUGCCCUCUGUUACGCAGCAGCCGCCGGCCACAUGAAGCUGGUGUGUCUGCUGACCAAGAAGGGAGCGAGGGUGGACCACUUGGAUAAGAAGGGCCAGUGCGCGCUUGUCCACAGUGCUCUACGGGGCCAUGGUGACAUUCUCCAGUACCUGCUGACCUGUGAGUGGUCGCCAGGUCCUCCCCAGCCAGGCGCCCUGAGGAAGAGCCACGCCCUGCAGCAGGCACUGACCGCAGCUGCCAGCAUGGGUCACAGCUCGGUGGUCCAGUGCUUGCUGGGGAUGGAGAAGGAACAUGAAGUAGAAGUCAAUGGCACCGACACGUUGUGGGGAGAAACAGAUGAUGUAACCCCUGCGACUCAGUUACCUCAACUCAGUGACAUGGACAUCUUAAUGACAUCUGGUUCAAAAGCCCUGACUGCUGCCGCAGGAAGAGGGAAGCUGGAGAUCUGUGAGCUGCUGCUGGGGCAUGGAGCUGCUGUGUCACGGACAAACAGGAGAGGAGUCCCACCUUUGUUUUGUGCAGCACGUCAGGGGCAUUGGCAGAUUGUUAGACUGCUGUUGGAACGCGGCUGUGACGUGAACCUAAGUGACAAGCAAGGCCGGACGCCCCUCAUGGUGGCUGCUUGUGAAGGGCACUUGAACACCGUGGAAUUCCUUCUUUCAAAAGGUGCUGUCCUUUCUUCUCUAGACAAAGAGGGUCUGUCAGCAUUAAGCUGGGCUUGUUUGAAAGGUCACAGGGCAGUGGUCCAGUAUCUGGUUGAAGAAGGAGCUGCGAUAGACCAGACAGACAAGAAUGGCCGCACACCCCUGGACCUGGCCGCCUUCUAUGGUGAUGCUGAGACAGUGCUGUACCUGGUGGAGAAGGGAGCCGUGAUCGAGCAUGUGGACCACAGUGGGAUGCGGCCCUUGGACAGAGCCAUUGGCUGCCGGAACACAUCCGUGGUGGUGGCACUACUCAGAAAGGGAGCCAAAUUAGGAAAUGCUGCUUGGGCGAUGGCCACUUCCAAACCUGAUAUCUUGAUUAUACUUUUACAGAAAUUAAUGGAGGAAGGAAAUGUGAUGUACAAAAAAGGGAAGAUGAAAGAAGCAGCCCAGAGGUACCAGUAUGCCUUAAGGAAGUUUCCUCGAGAAGGAGUCGGAGAGGACAUGAGACCCUUCAACGAAUUAAGGGUUUCCCUCUAUCUCAGUUUGUCUCGAUGCCGAAGAAAAACAAACGACUUUGGCAUGGCAGAGGAAUUUGCUUCCAAGGCUCUCGAAUUGAAGCCCAAGUCCUAUGAAGCCUUUUAUGCCAGAGCAAGAGCAAAGAGAAACAGCAGGCAAUUUGUGGCAGCUCUGGCUGACCUGCAGGAGGCUGUGAAACUCUGUCCCAACAAUCAGGAAAUCAAGAGGCUUCUGGCCCGCGUAGAAGAGGAGUGCAAGCAACUCCAGAGGAGUCAACAGCAGAAACAGCAGGGCCCGCCACCAGCUCCACCCAAUGACUCCGAGAAUGAAGAGGACGCCCCGACCCCUGGGUUAAGUGACCACUUUCACCCUGAGGAGAUUGAAGAGGAAGAAACUUCUCCCCAGGAAGAAUCCAUUUCCCAGACUCCCAGGUCCCAGCCAUCCUCAUCGGUCCCUUCUUCAUACAUCCGAAACCUUCAAGAAGGGUUACAGUCCAAAGGAAGGUCUGUAUCGCCACAGAGCAGGGCAGGAAUUGGUAAGCUCCUAAGAGAACCUGUGGCCCAGCCUGGGCUGGUCCUGCAACCCUCCAAACAGGCCCAGAUCGUGAAAACCAGCCAGCACCUGGGCUCUGGCCAGCCUGCUGUGAGAAAUGGCAGCAUCAAAGUUCACAUUUCUUCUCAGAACCCUCCUCCGAGUCCCAUGCCAGGGAGAAGUGCUGCCGCUCCUGCUGGGAGCAGAAUCCCGCAUUUGGAGGGAGCAGGUACUUUCACUACAGGAGCUGGUUGUGGCCACUUUGGGGAUCGGCCAGGCCCCAGCCAGGAUGUCCGCCUGCAGCGUGGUGAGAGUGUCCCUGCACACCCUUUACCAGGUAAGACAAAAACCACAGAGAGGCUUCUGUCUCAUGCCUCCGCGGCUGUGGAUGCAGCUGCUCCAAACCAAGGUGGGCUGGCCACCUGCAGUGACAUGCGACACCCGGCUUCCCUUACCAGCUCAGGCUCUUCUGGUUCUCCAUCCAGCAGCAUAAAGAUGUCAAGUUCAACCAGUAGUUUGACUUCGAGCAGCAGUUUUUCAGAUGGCUUCAAGGUCCAAGGACCAGAUACUCGAAUUAAAGACAAGGUUGUAACCCACGUUCAGAGCAGUACAGCGGAGCACAGACCCCGCAACACGCCGUUCAUGGGCAUCAUGGAUAAGACUGCAAGGUUCCAACAGCAGAGCAAUCCUCCAGGCCGCGCAUGGCACUGUCCGGCGGCAGAGGGGCUGCUGACAAACACGUCUUCUGCAGCUGGCCUGCAGUCUGCUAACACUGAAAAGACAUCUCUCAUGCAAGUGGGAGGAUAUAAUAAUCAAGCCAAAACAAGUGUCCACAAUGGGGCACAGGUGAAGGAGCUAGAAGAAAACAAGUGCCAAAUUCCAGUCCACUGUCAAGAGAACAGGAUAACUAAGACUGUUUCUCAUCUGUACCAGGAAAGUAUCUCCAAACAGCAGCCUCAUAUCAGUAAUGAAGCCCACAGGAGCCACCUCACUGCAGCAAAACCAAAGCGAUCGUUCAUAGAGUCAAAUGUGUGAGCCUUAAGAAAGCCCCAUUUGUGGAAUUUGGAAAAGUGUGUUGUUGACUCCUGGUGGUAAAUUAAAUAGUUUUUUCAUCAGAAAAGUUUUUUAGCCAUUUUUUUUUUCCUUGGGGGUGGAUCUGAUGCCACUGAUAUAUCUAAACUGUGGGAUAACACUUCUUUAAUAGCUAGAAGUUACAAUAAAUAAGAAUGCUAAGCAGAACUGAAAACUAUAUCAAGUUAAAAUUCUAAGACAGCCCAGAAGACAUUGAUGAUUUUCACUUAAAAAAUUGUUUGGCUUUGCCACUUUCCUCCUUGCCUUUGCUAUGUGGCAAAAUUAUAGUACUUAGAGAAUAAGUACUGUUAGUAAGUCUAUUGUUAAAUAGUGACUGGUUGAACUCAUGAGAUAAUAUCCAAGUGAUGUAUCUGGAAACGAUGUAACUACAGUUACAGUUCCAUUGAGUCAAAUCCCAUUUUAUAUAUACAUAAAAAUUAAGUUCUGAGUGAUUCCUAGCUAAAUGCGUGACUGUAAACAUAAUAUAGCCAAAUUUUUUUAAAGCAAAAUAUGAGAACACCCUAAGUAUUGUUCCCUUCAUAGCAGUUCCUGUAAAGGGAUUAAACACUUAUUUCUGUGUUACGGUUCUUAUUCGUAUAUUUUUAUAGCACCUUUUUUUGGAACCUGUAUUUGUGCUUGAAGGUGUUUUGAGAUUUGGAAACAGUAUAAGCCAUUUGGAAUCAUGACUGGUGGUCAAGUGGAUUCAAGCAAAAAUACUAAGACCAGCAAUCUUAGUGGCGCUUACAAAUUAGCUCUCACGUGUUUUCCAAACUGCUUUUAACAAUGGUAGUGCUCCUGGAACAAUCUUCCAAGCUCCUCUAAAGACAGUAUUUAAUUCAGAUACUAAACGUAGGGCUGGUUGUUGCUUUUGUUUUGUUGUACAAUAGUACUUUAUAGUCACAUGUUGUAUAUAUUAAAUAGCCCAAUUUUAUUCAGACUUGUAAAUAUAACUAUUUCAGUGUAGUUCACCUACAGAGAAAACCCCAGUCAUGAUUUGCAUGUUCUCUGUAAGCUUCAUCCAUGCUGGUUAUUGCACUGAAUGAUAUAUUAUUAUGGCAUGUUAACAAUAUACCAGUAACAGCACUUUAUCUCAUUUAUAUGAACACCUUUGAGGUGCUACUUAAGUCUAAGCUGAUGUAUUAUUCAUUUGUAAAGAUAAGGUACAGGAAUGAACCUUGGCUUAAAGGUAUUUUUAUAUGAAAAUGGUGUGUUAUUGGAGGAUGUUAAAAUGCUAAUUUGAGAGAGGUAGGAGUGUAUUUGUUUUAUAUGUUGGGGUGUGAAAUUUAUUUUCUAAAAUUGAGGAAAAGGAAGUUAUAUAUUUGCAGAACGUUUUAAAAAUGAAUCAUUGUAAUGAAGUUCCUGUGAACAUCAUCGUGGUUUUGUACGAAUAGGGACCUCUGAUGUCAUUCUUCAACGUUUGUUCCUGCCUGUGUGUACAGUUGUACUUUGUGUGAACAGCUUUAUCGUUUUUAUAGGCUUUCCAUGAGUUUUGCUGUAACUACUAUGGCUUAUUUAUUUUAAUAUUUGUGGAAGUCUUACUCUUGUUAGUUUUGUUUCUGCACAACUACUGUACUUUUCCAUAUGGAAUAAAGACUAUUAAUAGAA